GGGGCCGGGUGCGCCGGGGCUGUGAAGGGCCAUGGGCAGCGUGCGCUGGGCUUUCCCCUGCGGGGCCUGGCGCCCCCGACGCCGUGAGUGGCUGCUGGCCGCGCAGCUGGUGCAGCCCGAGGAGAAGGACCGCAUCGGCCAGUUUGUCUUUGCUCGCGAUGCUAAAGCCGCCUUGGCUGGUCGCCUGCUGAUGCGGAAAUUAAUUGCAGAAAAGAUGUGCAUACCUUGGAAUGAAGUACACUUGCAAAGGACAUCGAAAGGAAAACCUUUCCUGGCCAAUACCGUAGUCAGUAUCAAUUCGAAUUACAACUUCAAUAUCUCUCAUCAAGGAGAUUAUGCAGUCCUUGCAGCUGAGCCUGAGCUUCAAGUGGGCAUUGAUAUAAUGAAGACUAAUUUACCAGGUAGUAGCUCAGUUCCAAAUUUCUUUCACAUCAUGAAGCGACAGUUUACUGAGACAGAGUGGGAUGUAAUCAAGUCUAUGAGUAAUGAAUGGAUGCAGCUGGAUAUGUUUUAUCGGCAUUGGGCCUUAAAGGAAAGCUUCUUAAAGGCUAUUGGAGUUGGAAUUGGCUUUAACUUGCAAAGAAUUGAGUUUAAUGUAUCCCCAUUGCAGCUGGAAGUAGGACAGGUGUAUAAGGAGACAAAAAUGCUUCUGGAUGGAGAAAAAGAAGAGGAGUGGACAUUUGAGGAAACCCGGUUUGAUGACCAUCAUCAUGUUGCAGUGGCACUCGGGAAACAGACGGGAUUUGUGCAAAAGGAUUCUGAUAUACUGUCCUUGGCAUGACCAUACUACAUACCUGGGUCCUAGAGAGUAAGAAGCUGCAAAAUCGCAAGCUCUGCGCUACAUGAGCCUUUUCCAGCAGGGUCUUGGCUAGGUAGUCUUUUUCACUGUGGAACAGGAUUGCCCAGCCUUCCUGUUUCUCAAAGUAGAGAUUUAGAUCAGAUCUGCUGGCCUAGACUGUGUAUCAACCCACUGUUUUCUGAGAAGAACUUGUUGAUGGUCUCUGAUCUAAAAAUAGUUUUAAAAGUUUUGGUCUUCAGUGAAAAGGCUGUCCAAAGGGAAUAAAUGUGGUUUAGUUUGGACCCUGAGAUUAGUUCAGUCUGGUUAGAACAUGGUGCUGACAACACCAUGGUUGCGGGUUCAGUCCCUGCUGUACAGGCCAUUCACUCUAUGAUCCUACUGAGAAUAUUGUGUGCCUCUGUGAUUAUAUUACCGUGUUCAGACCUUUUUGUAUCUUGCAUCAAAAUUGUCAGUGUGGAUUAGGAACUUCAGGGGGCAAAACUGUGUUCAAGACAAUUUGCAGUGAUGUGACAAGAGACCGGUGCCGUUUGAUAUGAAAAUCUGUAACUUUGAAAAGUGGAUCAUGAGAAUUCACUCCUAGCCUUUUACAGAAUCUGUAAACUUACACAAGAUGCAUAUUGUUACUACCUUAUGGGAUCAAAUGCACUGAUGUGCUGUCUUAGACAAGAAAUCAUAGAUGCUGCAACAGAAGUAGUGUAUAUAUGAUUGUAAUAUACAUAUUUUUGGUAAAAUCCAGGCAACAGCUCAACUUUAAACAACCAUCUUGACCCAAGACACUGCAAUAAAGCAAUGAUCUGCAAAGAAGAUAGAAAGGAAAAGAUAGUUAUACAAGUCAGAAUAGACUGCCUCUUCGUUG